CCUCCACAAUACUUUCAACGCGAACGUGACACGAGUUGCCUUCACUUACAGGAUUUGGGGAAACUGCUCCCUGCAGCUCCCGCAGAACAAAAAGCACAUUCAUAGGCAGUAGUCAGUCAGUCAGCAGCCUAAUAUCUCUGGAGAAUUUACUUCUCUUUCUCUCUGAAUGUCACAUUUGUUCAAACGCGCCUCAUACAAUGAGGAUUAUAAUCUGGAUCAUCGCGAGCGCUUUCCUGUUCAGCGUCAUUUUCACGCAACGACCUCGAAGACCAGUUUUUACAUGUGGCGGGAACUUUACUGGAGACACAGGGCUGAUUGGGAGUCAGGGGUAUCCCGGUCUCUACCCACCCAACAACAAAUGUGUGUGGAGAAUUACCGUUCCUCAAGGGAGGGUUGUCUCGCUCUUGUUCAGAGCUCUGGAUCUUGAGAGCGAUGGCCUUUGCAGAUAUGACUUCGUUGAUGUAUACAACGGCCACAUCAACGGGCAGCGUCUCGGCCGCUUCUGUGGCACCGCCAAACCCGGAGCGCUGGUCACCAAUGGAAACAAGAUGCAAGUGGUCAUGGUGUCAGAUGCCAACACAGCUGGGAGUGGUUUCCUUGCUGUAUACUCAGCGAUUCGCCCAAAUGAAAGAGGUGACCGGUAUUGCGGGGGUCUUUUAGACAAACCCUCCGGGACAAUAAAAACCCCCAACUGGCCAGAUAAAGACUACCCGGCAGGAGUAACGUGUUCCUGGCAUAUUGUUGCUCCUCAAGACCAGAUCAUUGAGCUGAAGUUUGAGAAGUUUGAUGUGGAGAGAGACAGCUACUGCCGCUAUGACCAUGUGGCUGUGUUUAAUGGUGGAGAAACGAAUGAAUCACGGAAGAUUGGCAAGUUUUGUGGAGACAGCCCACCCAUGCCAAUUUAUUCUGAUGGCAAUCAUCUCUUCAUCGUGUUCCUGUCAGACCUGAGUCUAACUGCGGAUGGAUUCAUCGGCCAUUACCUCUUUAAAUCACAGAGUCCCAGCACAGCCAGUGCCCCUCUCACCCCCGUGAGCACUAUCCCACCCACCACACCGCCCUCAGCCCUUACAUAUUCAGAAGGUCUUUGCAAGCAGAAAUGCAAAAGGACUGGAACAAUUGAAAGCCAUUACUGCUCCAGUAACUUUGUGAUUACCGCCACACUUAUCUCAGCAGCCAUGAGGGACCACAGCGUCCUCGCCACCUUCUCCAUCCUGCACCUUUACAAGGAAGGAAGUUUAGCCAUCCAGCAGGCUGGGAAGUCCAUGAGCACCAAAGUCACGGUCCUCUGUAAAAAAUGCCCUCUGGUCAGAAGAGGGCUAAACUACAUCGUCAUGGGACAGACCGAUGAACAGGGACACGGCGUCGUCUCUCCUCAUAACUUUGUGAUGGCCUUCAAAACCAAGAAGCAACGGGAUCUGGGAGUACUGAAGAAUAUACGCUGCUAAAGCGCGAAGGUCACCUCCGUUUCUAUGACUUCUGUGAUUUAUUUGAUGUACAUGCUUUGAAUAACAUUCAUACUUGAAGCACCCUUAGAGCGUUCUAAUUUACUCCAAUAUAGAACAUUUAAAAAAAACCUUUGUAUGUUGGUUUUUUUAAUGUCGAGGAUCAUUUAUUGGGUUUUUGACCACGCUCAUCAAUGAUUCCCUUCGCACCGAAGAGCUGAACUGUUACAGAGCUUGCAAGAAAGCCUGUAUAUGAAUGAAAGCGCUCCCUGCAACACAAACUCUUGUCAUUUGCGGUAGCUGCGGGGUGGUGACAUUUGCGUUCCGGGAGAUCUGGACAUGCUGGCCUUUAAAUCUGACAUUUAUCUAAUCUAUCCAGUGUUGUAAUGAGUGAAUGAAGAUUGAAGAUGACAAAAUGAAAUGUUGUCAAAAUGAAGUGCACUGUAAAAUUGGUAUCACGUCAGCUGAGGUUACUACAAAAAGAUCCCCCCUCCGUUCCUGUUCUUUCAAACCAUUAAAAAAGAAAGCUUCUGUUGUAAUUUAGGAAAUGCUUGCGUAAAAGAUUAUAGAUGUUUUAUCCCCAUAAUAUUUUUGAUUUAUAACUGGAUUAUACAAAUGAUAAGGAAGGAAAAUAGGAUGGAAAUGAAAGCUACAUUUACCAAUUGCUUAUUGAUUUGAGAGAAUCAGCUUAAUUCUGAUCAUUUUUAAUCAGCUUUUGAAAUGUUAAUAAUAAUAUCAAGUGCGUGUGUGUGUGUGUGUGUGUGUGUGUACAUCACCUGAAAGCUGAGUAAGCUUUCCAUUGAUAUAAGCUUCAAUGGGACAGGACAAUAUUUGGCUAUUUGGAAAUCUGAAAUUUGAGCUUGCAAAAGACUCAAAAUAUUGAAAAAAUAGCCUUCAAAGUUGUAUAAAUGAAGUUCUUAGCAAAGCAUUUUACUAAUAAAAAGAUUUUUACAAUUUAAAAUAUAAUAUCUUCA